AACAAUGUAUCUUGUCAGUUAAAUAUUAUAAGCCAUAUAGGGCACACAAGUUUACAAUAUUACAUUUUAGUUCGGCAAUUAGUUCCUUUCAAAGAAAAAAACACACAUAGCAACAAACAAGAAUGGACGGGGACCAAGUAAAGGGCAUCCUAAAGUCGGGAAACAAUAGUGCGCAAUUUAGCCUCAAGGCGGCCAAAUUUGAUGAGGUCAACAUACUGGCCACGUUCCAUCCGGCUGGUAAGGAUUACGGGCACAUGGUCAUCGACGAACCGAAGACACCCUUCGUCUUUGAGGAGGAUUUGCCAAAGGAGUUGGAUACAAAUGCGCUGAUCGAAAAGUUGAGACACACUUCAAAGUCAGAAAUGCCGGCAUUUGGCAUCGAAGGAGACUCAGAUGAAUCCUCGGCGGACGAGGACUUUCCCGAGUCUGUAGAGGAAAAAGUGCGUAGAAUGGAGUUUGAGAAGCGUCGAAAAGUGCACUACAAGGAGUUCUAUUCGGUUCCACUGGCUCGACGUCUUAUAGCCGACGAGUUUGCCGAGUUGACCAGUUCAGAGUAUAAUAUUCACUGCGAAGGUGGACUGGAAUCUUGUGAAGCGUGCAGUGAAAACAAUCAGCUCCACGGCGAAGCAAGCAACUUGACACAAAGCAAAUACUCAUAUUCUGAAAGUCAAUCCGAAUACAGGUUAUCAGAUCAUUCUGAGCCUGAACCAGGUUUCUCCCCCAGCCAUCACUGCUACCAAAAACUGAAGGCCGAGCUCUUUAGCAAAGCAGAGCCGGAAGAAUUGGCCUCUUUGACUCACUUGCAUCGAAUGCCUUCGGUCAAUGACGAUGAACCAAGUCGCGAGCCUCGCGUCCCAUACCCUUCGGUUGUUCCGACUCAAAACCAAAAUCUACGUGAAAACAAGAGUUCACUGAAAAUAACGUCCGAGAAGCUGCCUCCUGCUCGUAUUUGUAAAUCCAAUCCAGAUAAUCGUGCUGGCACUUCUAAAAACGAGACCCGCUGAAAUCAUUCCCUCCUUUCCAACAAUCAGUAGUGUUAAAAAUUUUGAAGUUUUAUUAAAGAACCUUGUAAUUAUAAAAAAUAAUUUCGGAUUAAAA